CCCGGUCCCGGUUCCCUCCCUCCCGGUGCCCACGUGGAUCCCCGCAGUCCCCGUCGCGCCGGAAGUGACGCGCGGCGGCCGCGCCGAGGCGGUGGCGGCGAGGCGGCAGCAUGGUGAUGGCGGCGGCGGGCGCGCACCGGCCCGGGCCGCUCAAGCAGCAGAACAAGGCGCACAAGGGCGGCAAGCACAGCGGCUCCUCGCAGCGCCGCGCUGGAGGCCGCGUCCCCGUCAAGGCCCAGCCCCGCCGGCGGCUCCGCGACCUGAACAGGGUGGACCGGCGGCAUCAGGCGCUGCAGCUCCGCCGGCAGCGCAAGGAGACGGUGCUGGCGGAGAAGCGCAGCCUCGGCAGCAGGGACGGGCCCCCGCACCUCGUGGUUGUGGUGCUGCUGCACAGCAGGGCUGCGGCCCAGGACUCGCUGCGGCUGCUGCAGAGCCAGGACUCGGCCGCUGUCCGUGCGGAUGAGGGCGGAGCUGGCGGCUUUGCUCUGCUCUGCCCCCGGCUCAAGCAGCGCUGGCGCUUUGUCACAGCCCAGGCAGGGGAUCUCUAUGCUGUUUUAGACCUUGCCAAAGUUGCUGACUCCCUGCUGUUCAUCCUGGACCCUGUGGAUGGCUGGGACAGUGCAGGGGAGCACUGCCUCUCCUGCCUCUUCGCACAGGGGCUCCCCAGUUAUGCUCUGGCUGUCCCGGGAGGCACUGACCUGCCCCCUAAGAAGAGGAUAGAUGCCAGGAAGAAACUCUCCAAGUGCAUUGAGAAGCGUUUUCCUGAGGCCAAGCUGUUCCCACUGAACACAGAGCAGGAAUCCUCGCUGCUCCUGAGGCACCUGAGCUCCCAGAAGCAGAGGCACCUGGCCUUUCGUGCCCGCCGCGCUCACCUGCUGGCCCGUGCUGCUGAGUUUGUGCCCAGCCAGGACAGUGACCUGGUGGGGACCCUGAAGGUGUCUGGCUUUGUCCGGGGACAGCCCCUCCACGUGAACAGCCUGGUGCACAUCGUGGGGCACGGGGACUUCCAGCUGAGCCAGGUGGAUGCUCCCCCUGACCCGCUGUGUUUGAACCCACGCGUGGUUAAAGGACAGAAGAGGAGUCAGCAGGACAUGGAGGUUCAGGAUGACUCUGGAAAUGGUGCUGUUGAGAUGGAGGAAGAUGUCAAGGUGCUGAUGAAGGCAGACCCAAGCAAGCAGGAGUCUCUGCAGUCAGAAGUGGUUCCCGAUCCCAUGGAAGGGGAGCAGACAUGGCCCACUGAAGAAGAGCUGCAGGAAGCAGAAGAUUCUCUGAAGGCAAACAGGAGGGUGGUGAAGGUCCCCAAAGGCACAUCCAAGUACCAGGCUGCCUGGAUUGUGGAUGAUGGAGAAGAAGGCAGUGAGAAAGAUGAUGAUGAUGAUGAAGAUGACGACAUGGAUGAUGAUCUGAUGGAAGAGGCAAUUUCUCAGGAGGGGGAGAGCAGUGAGGAGGAGGAGGAGGCUGGGGAGGAGGAGAGCGAGACCAUGACCGUGCCCGAGUGCCUGCGGGAUGAGCAGUAUGACGAGAAGAUGGAGGAGGAUGAGCAGAUGCUGGAGAGAUACAAGCAGGAGAGAAUGGAUGAGAUGUUUCCAGAUGAGAUGGACACGCCACGGGAUGUGCCUGCCAGAGUCAGGUUCCAGAAGUACAGGGGGCUCAAAAGCUUCCGGACUUCUCCUUGGGACCCCAAAGAGAAUCUUCCAAGGGAUUAUGCCAGGAUCUUCCAGUUCCAGGACUUCUCCCGAACCAGGAAGAACCUCUUCAGGCAAAUAGAGAAGGAGGAGACUGAGGGAGCUUCGGUGGGCUGGUACGUUACACUUCACGUCUGCAAUGUCCCUGUCUCGGUGAUGGAGAGCUUCAAGGAGGGGAAACCCUUGGUGCUGUUCUCACUGCUUCCCCAUGAACAAAAGAUGUCCGUGUUGAACUUCCUGGUGCGUCGGCAUCCGGGCAACAGCGAGCCAGUGAGGGCCAAGGAGGAGCUGAUCUUCCACUGCGGGUUCAGGCGCUUCCGAGCAUCCCCCCUGUUCUCCCAGCACACCUCAGCUGAUAAGCACAAGCUGGAACGUUUCCUGCGCCCAGAUGCUGCCCUGGUGGUGACUGUCUAUGCUCCCAUCACUUUCCCUCCUGCCUCAGUGCUGCUUUUCAAACAGAGAAGUAAUGGAAUGCACGACCUCAUUGCCACAGGCUCCCUGCUCUCCGUGGACCCCGACAGGAUCGUCAUCAAGCGCCUGGUGCUCAGUGGCCACCCCUUCAAGAUCUUCACCAAGAUGGCUGUCGUGCGAUACAUGUUCUUCAACAGAGAGGAUGUGAUGUGGUUCAAGCCCGUGGAGCUGAGGACAAAGUGGGGACGCAGAGGGCACAUCAAGGAGCCAUUAGGGACCCAUGGGCACAUGAAGUGCCACUUUGAUGGGCAGCUCAAGUCCCAGGACACGGUGCUGCUGAACCUCUACAAGCGCGUUUUUCCCAAAUGGACUUACGACCCUCACGUCCCUGAGCCUGUGCCGUGGGUGAGGAGUGAGAGUGCACUGCCAGAGCAGGAGGUGGAGAUGGAAUGAGUCUCCAGCAUGGCUGGAGUUUGUGCCUUGGCUGCCUGGAUGCUGUUCUUGGCCCGUGCACUGUGAGGACAGCACUGAUGCCUUGGACGUGUUACUGCUGGGGUCUGUACAGGGGCAGCUGUGUCGCCAGCUGCUGCUCAGGUACCAGCUAUAGAUAUUUAUUUUAAUGGAAAAUGUCAAAAAUG